GCCCUCGCCCCGCCAGCCACCGCCGCCGUCUCGUGGGCCGUCACCACCUCGCCGCCCUCUCCGCCGUGCUCGUCGUACGCGGCGAUGGCCAUGACUCCCACACCCUCGGGCAUGGCCGCCGUCGCCUCGUGCUCCACAGGCGCGUUUGUUUACGAGUGCCCGGCCUCGGCUGGGGCCUGCAAUGGCACCGCCCUCUGGGCGGCAUCGCCUGCUCCAUCGCCGGCUCCAGCCACUGACCUGCUGCUCGCCUCGUGGGACUCGACGUCGUCCAAGGUCGUCGUCAUUGGCUCUUUCAGAGACUUCUCACCAUCGCCUCCCCUCCAAACCGUCAAGGCGAGCACCAUCGCCCUCGCUCCGUCGCCACCCGGGCCAACCUGGACUCAGAACACCGGCACUGUGUCCCAGAUAUCGGGCUCGUUCGAUCCGUCGUGGUGGAGCAACCCGCGGUCGAUCAAGGCGUCGAACGGCAAGAUGUAUGCCGCGGGCUCCACUGAGCUGGCGUCGACAAAGACUGCGUCGCUUGCAAGGUGCGAGGCUGACGGCACAUCAUGUGCCAUCAUCGAUGUGUACGCUGUGGCGUCGCGGGCGGCCCGGGGAAAGACAGGCACCCGGGUGGGCCUCGUUGACGAUGUGACCAACUCGCAGAUCCUCGUGGUCGCCCUCGAUGACGAAUCGGGCGCCAGGGAGGUCGAGCUGUUCUCGGUCUCGUACGACCUGGCGACGGCGACGUUCCUGGGCAGCCUGCGGCCUGCAGGGGUGACGCACACGGAAUUUUCGGAGGUGACGCCGAUCAUCGAUACGGGCAACAGCACGCUGUACGUGAUGGUGAGCGGAGCGUCGGAUCUGUAUGUGUACCGGACGACGCUGACGGGGACGGUGAUAGGCGUGGAUGACGCGGUGGCCAAGGUCUCACCUGCACCGUCGCCUGCGAUCCGGGUCGAUUCCGCACGCGGACAGGUUGUGAACGGCAAGCUUGUGAUGGUGACGGUCGAUGAUACAACCAACAAGCCUGGAGUGUUUGUGUGUGAGCUCGACGUGAGCAACUGCACGUACGACGCGUACACGGGGAGCGAGACCGUGUCUUCGUCGGCCAGGAAGACCGAAGUUGUGUUUGAUGUGGCGAGUCUGACGAUCCAUGCGUUUGCGGCUGCGGGCUCGGGGCCGGCGCUGCAUCGGUACGCGAUCACGGCUGUGGGCUUCCUCGUUAUUGUCGGCCUUGUUGCAGUUCUUGUUGUUGUUCUCCAGCGCCGCAAGGCUAGCAAGGGUAACGACGACGCCGAGAAGGCCGGCGGCAGCAAGCGCCGUAAGCGCCGCUCUGCGGGCGCCAAGAUCAGCCGCAAGUCCAAGUCUGGCAGCACCAACCGUCGCCGUCGCAGCACUGAGCCCAAAUCUACUCCCGAUGCGUCUACCGACGCUUCAGACAAGUCGCUAGAGCCCUCGGCGUCGUCCGCCUCGCUCUCGGCCGAUUCUUCGCUCGUCGAGACAACGUCUUCAUAG